AUGGGAAGACAGAAGCAUUCUGAUUCUUAUCCUGAGUAUAGUAACAGCCUCUAUCAUAUUAUUAAGCACCAUCCCUUAUGUCACCAUUUCAUACAAAAAAGACAGACAUACAACAACUGUGACGACGGCGAAACAAGUGUUACAGGAACUGUACUUGCACAAAGGGAUGAAGCUUUCUCAUGUGACAAAAGGAAGAACCUAAGUCUUGCAAAGUUAAGCAACUUAUAUGUUGAAGAAAAGGUGACACCACAUUCUUCAUAUGGAAAAGGAUGUUCACAAUGUGAUGCUACAUCUAGCAGCGAUUACUUGGAAUGUAACUUAUGCUGCAAGCAUCAUCAACAUACGAAAAAUGACUUACUUGUGCCACAAGUAAAUGAUAAAAAGAAGCAUAAAGUGGAAAGUUAUGCAAGGAAGCAUUUAUUUGGAGUUUCCACUCGCCUAUGCAAGCAUUUUGUCGACGGUUUUGAAACAACCAACAUGAACAAGAAAAUAUUAUUAACAUUUCGUCACGAUCCCGUCUUUCCUUUGGUCUAUCACUUCCAUAAACAACAGCAUUUGCAAAGAGCAAAAAUGACACUAAAUAGGUCUGAAUCAUUUCCUUUUCCUUAUUCAUUAUCUAAAACAAAAGGGAUCGGAAGAUUAUACAGCGAAAACAAAACAAGAAAGCCGGUUCAAUUCGUGUCAUCAAGAACAACAUGUGAACAGGUCAUGCCAUCGGUAGCAAAAGCGAAAGUAAAUGGAAAUUUCAAUAUGAAUGAUGCAGUUAUAAUAGUAAGAGAUGUUAAGUUUUCUUCGGUUUCUGCAAAGGGUCAAAAUAGUCUCAAACAAAAAAUUGAGCAUGUAACUGGCGAGAGCGGUAAAGAAAAGAUUCGUGUUGCAAUGGAUUCGGUCAUUCAUAAACUUCCUCAAGGCCAAAGGAUAUCAGAUGAAUUGAAGAAUGAAAUUUUGAAGAAAUUGACAGAUCCCAUUACUAAAAGAGAAGUUCAACACAAAAGUUUCAUAAGAAGGACCGUAAGCUCCAUAAGAAGGACCGUGUCUCUUCAAGAACCGCUCGAAAGUUAUUGUAAAACGCUAGAGAACAGCUUCAAAACAGUUGCAAGAACCUCUCAUUCAGAGAAACUAAAACUAGAAAAACAAAAGGCACAUUCGCCGUUAAGAAUGUUGAUACCUCUUCAAAGAAUACUUUCUUUACCUGAUCUUCAAUCUUUUUCAUAUGCUUCUCAGAAGGGAGAUUUUUCUGAUUUUACUCCGGAAAAUCAUGUCAUUAUAGAUAAAAAUGAUUUGCUGAUUAGUAAUAUUGUGAAAUCAUCAGGUUCAAUAUCUAAGUUGGAUUAUGCCGAUAAACCGAACAAUGUGGUUCAAAAACUUGAAAUUCCAACCAAGAAGUUGAACGUUGAUAUUCCUCAAAUUCAUGUGGACGCCAAACUCAAAGAAGAGUUUAACUAUGUGAAAUAUGUUCUUGAAAUAUCUGGAUUCACAAGUAAUGAAAGCAUUUCAGCAUGGCAUUCUAAAGACACUCCACUUGAUCCAUUACUAUAUGAAGAAAUGGAAAAUGAUCCUGAAUUUUGUGGUAAAAUAAGUGGUGAAUGUAAUCAUCAUGUAUUGUUUGAUUUGAUUAAUGAGACCAUGUUGGAAAUUUAUGGUAAGUCAUAUGGUUACCCUUCUAUUGUAGGGUGUCACAUUCUUCAAAAAGUAUGGACUCUUAUGAGUAAGUCUUUGUGUUUGGGAUAUAAAGUUGGUCAAAAGAUAGAUGAUCAUGUAAGUAGGGAUUUAGCAAAAAAUGAUGGGUGGGUUAACAUUCAAUUUUAUGAUGAAUGUUUUGGUUUGGAGGUGGAUCACAUGAUUUUUCAUGAUCUACUUAAGGAAAUAGUGUUGGAUUUAGCUUGUUUAUGA